AUGGAGGAAGACAAGUCAGGGAAUUCGUUGCAAACACCAGGAACCGAUGGCAAGAAACGUAAUGUUUCAUAUUUCUAUGAACCAACUAUAGGUGAUUAUUAUUACGGCCGGGAUCAUCCGAUGAAACCACAUAGAAUUCGUAUGGCACACAGCUUAAUAGAAGGUUAUGGACUUCAUAAAUCAAUGCAAAUCUGUAAACCAUAUGCAGCUACGCCCCAAGAUAUUGCCAAGUUCCAUUCAGAUGAUUACGUUAACUUUUUAUCUUCUGUUAGUCCUGAAUCUCUAUCAGGUGAUCACCUAAAGAGGUUUGGUGUUGGUGAAGACUGUCCUGUUUUUGAGGGUUUGUUCGAGUUUUGUCAAGCUUCUGCUGGUGGUUCUAUUGGAGCUGCUGCUGAACUGAAUAGAGGGGAUGCUGAUAUUGCUUUGAAUUGGGCUGGGGGUUUACAUCAUGCUAAAAAGUGUGAAGCCUCAGGGUUUUGUUAUGUUAAUGAUAUCGUUCUGGGAAUUCUUGAAUUGCUCAAGAAUCAUGAACGUGUUUUGUAUGUCGAUAUUGACGUGCACCAUGGUGAUGGAGUAGAGGAGGCAUUUUUAUCUACAAAUAGAGUCAUGACUGUCUCGUUUCAUAAGUACGGGGACUAUUUUCCUGGGACUGGGCAGAUUCAGGACAUUGGUGUGCAUAAUGGAAAGAACUAUGCACUCAAUGUACCACUCGGUGAUGGUAUCGAUGAUGACAGCUUUCGAGGUUUGUUCCGUCCAAUUAUUCAGAAAGUCAUGGAGGUUUAUCAACCAAAAGCAGUUGUUCUUCAAUGUGGUGCAGAUUCAUUAUCUGGUGAUAGGUUAGGUUGCUUCAAUCUAUCUAUUAAGGGUCACGCAGACUGUCUAAGAUAUCUUAGGUCCUUCAACGUGCCUUUGAUGGUCUUAGGUGGUGGAGGCUAUACCAUUCGGAAUGUCGCACGCUGUUGGUGCUACGAGACAGCAGUUGCAGUUGGAAAGGAGCCUGAUAACAAUCUGCCCGAAGGGAACAAAUACAUGGAGUACUUUGGUCCAGACAAUGUCCUCCAUUUCGAAAUAAGCAGAAUGGAGAAUGAAAACUCACCUAAAUAUUUGGACAAAUUAAGGACCAUUCUGUUGGACCGACUUUCGGAUAUGGAGCAUGCCCCAAGUGUACAGUUUCAGGAGAGACCACCCACAACUGAACCCCCAGUGGAGGAAGAGGAGGAUAUGGAUGAAAGGUGA